GCGCCAGCCCAGCCGUGCGUGCUCACGUGACAGGUCCGCGAGGUCCCGCUCGCGCAGUAGUCUGGGCGAGCGAAGAUGGCGGCCGAGAGGGAACCUCCUCCACUGGGGGACGGGAAACCCACCGACUUUGAGGAGCUGGAGGACGGAGAGGACCUGUUCACCAGCACUGUCUCCACUCUAGAGUCCAGUCCAUCAUCUCCAGAACCAGCUGCAGCUAGUCUUCUUGCAGAAGAUAUUGGUACUAACUCCAACGGCCCAAAACCUGCAGAAGUUGUGCUAGAUGAUGACAGAGAAGAUCUUUUUGCAGAGGCCACAGAAGAAGUUUCUCUAGACAGUCCUGAAAGGGAACCCAUACUCUCCUCAGAACCUUCUCCUGCAGUCACACCUGUGACCCCCACCACACUCAUUGCUCCCAGAAUUGAAUCAAAGAGUAUGUCUGCUCCUGUGAUCUUUGAUAGAUCUAGGGAAGAGAUUGAAGAAGAAGCAAAUGGAGACGUUUUUGAUAUAGAGAUUGGCGUAUCAGAUCCAGAGAAAGUUGGUGAUGGCAUGAAUGCUUACAUGGCUUACAGAGUAACAACAAAGACUUCUCUUUCCAUGUUCAGUAAGAGUGAAUUUUCAGUUAAAAGAAGAUUCAGUGACUUUCUUGGUUUGCAUAGCAAGUUAGCAAGCAAGUAUUUACAUGUUGGUUAUAUUGUGCCACCAGCUCCAGAAAAGAGUAUAGUAGGCAUGACCAAGGUCAAAGUGGGUAAAGAAGAUUCAUCAUCCACAGAAUUUGUAGAAAAACGGAGAGCAGCUCUUGAAAGAUAUCUUCAAAGAACAGUAAAGCAUCCAACUUUACUACAGGAUCCUGACUUGAGGCAGUUCUUGGAAAGCUCAGAGCUGCCUAGAGCAGUUAAUACACAGGCUCUGAGUGGAGCAGGAAUAUUGAGGAUGGUGAACAAGGCUGCCGACGCUGUCAACAAAAUGACAAUCAAGAUGAAUGAAUCGGAUGCAUGGUUUGAAGAAAAGCAGCAGCAAUUUGAAAAUCUGGAUCAGCAACUUAGGAAACUUCAUGCCAGUGUUGAAGCCUUGGUCUGUCAUAGAAAAGAACUUUCAGCUAACACAGCUGCCUUUGCUAAAAGUGCUGCCAUGUUAGGUAAUUCUGAGGAUCAUACUGCUCUAUCUAGAGCUUUGUCUCAGCUUGCAGAGGUUGAGGAGAAGAUAGACCAGUUACAUCAAGAACAAGCUUUUGCUGACUUUUAUAUGUUUUCAGAACUACUUAGUGACUAUAUUCGUCUUAUUGCUGCAGUGAAAGGUGUGUUUGACCAUCGAAUGAAGUGCUGGCAGAAAUGGGAAGAUGCUCAAAUGACUUUACUCAAAAAACGUGAAACCGAAGCAAAAAUGAUGGUUGCUAACAAACCAGAUAAAAUACAGCAGGCUAAAAAUGAAAUAAGAGAGGAAAUUGAAGAGUGGGAGGCAAAAGUGCAACAAGGAGAAAGAGAUUUUGAACAGAUCUCUAAAACGAUUCGAAAAGAAGUGGGAAGAUUUGAGAAAGAACGAGUGAAAGAUUUUAAAACUGUUAUUAUCAAGUACUUAGAGUCAUUAGUACAAACACAACAACAGCUGAUAAAAUACUGGGAGGCAUUCCUACCUGAAGCCAAAGCCAUUGCCUAGCAAGAUUAUUCCUGUCAAGAAGAUCUUGGAUGUUUGUUCCAGUUAUGCAGAAUUCCACAAUGAAAUCAUUUAAAACCAUCUAAAUAAACCACUAUAUAUUUUAUGAAUUACAUGUGGUUUUUUAUAAAUAUAUAUUCUGACAUUUUAUUACAAGCUGCAUGUCCUGACCUUUUUUGAAUUAAGUGGACUGUGGCAUGACAUUCUGCAAUACUUUGCCGAAUUGAACACUAUUGUGUCUUAAAUACUUGCACUAAAAAGUGCACUGCAAGGCCAGAAAAUUUUACAAUAUUUUUUCCUUUACAAUAUGUUCUGUAGUGUGUUCAUCCUCUUUAUGAAGUGAAUUAUCAAUGCAUUGAUUAAUGAUCACUUAUACAUUCCUGUACAGAAAGUAUGAUUUUGUGAUUACAGUAAUAAAAUGAUAUUCCUUGUGA